AUGUCUGUUGCGACGAUGCUCCAACCUGCGUCCAGACAAUCGAGAGCAUCUUCUUCCUCAUCCUCCUCGUUUCAACCCGUCGCACGACAAAACACAAUGUCGUCCCACGAUACGCGGUCGCUCCGCCAAUCCAAGCGGAUGUCCGUCACAGCCUUGUACCUGUCCAUGUCCGCAAAGGACAGGGAUUUGGAGAUUUCCGAUGACUUGGCGCGAGCACAGAAGCAUCUGCGAGAUCUGAAAUCAAGGAUCUCCUCCCAAUCGAAAAAGAACUUUGUGUUGGAAAAGGAUGUGCGAUACCUCGAUUCACGAAUCGCAUUGCUGAUUCAAAACCGAAUGGCCUUGGAAGAGCAAAAUGAAGUCGCUAGCCACUUGGAUGAUACCGCAGACCCGCAAGAAGGUUUCUUCCCGAACGACGAACGAACCCAGAAAUAUGGAAACCUGCUAUUCCUCCUGCAAUCCGAACCCCGCCACAUCGCUCACCUGUGCCGACUCGUUUCUAUGGCCGAGAUCGACUCGCUCCUCCAGACGGUCAUGUUUACCAUCUACGGAAACCAAUACGAGAGCCGUGAGGAGCACCUCCUGCUUACUAUGUUCCAGUCCGUCCUCACAUACCAAUUCGACAACACGCCCGAAUACUCGUCUUUGCUGCGCCAGAAUACCCCCGUUUCCCGAAUGAUGACCACAUACACGCGCCGAGGCCCCGGCCAGAGUUACUUGAAGCAGGUCCUCGCGGAUCAGAUCAAUGCGCUGAUUGAGCUGCGAGACGUGGACUUGGAGAUCAAUCCAUUGAAAGUCUACGAGAGCAUGAUCAAGCAGAUUGAAGAAGAAACCGGUUCCUUGCCAGACUAUCUAGCCCGGUCUGUUACCGCCGAGGAUGCCGCCGAAAACGCCCAGGUUCAGGCCAUCAUUGCGCCGCGUCUCAAAAUGCUGACGGACAUUGCCAAUGGAUUCAUCACAACCAUCAUUGACUCCGUAGAUGAGGCCCCGUACGGAAUUCGAUGGAUCUGCAAGCAGAUUCGCAGUCUCUCGCGCCGCAAGUACCCCGACGCCCAGGACCAGACCAUUUGCACCCUGAUCGGUGGUUUCUUCUUCCUGCGCUUCAUCAACCCGGCGAUUGUCACACCGCGCUCCUACAUGCUCAUCGAUGCCACUCCCACCGACAAGCCCCGCCGCACCCUCACUCUAAUCGCGAAGAUGAUCCAGAACCUGGCAAACAAGCCUUCCUACGCCAAGGAGCCCUACAUGGCCAGUCUGCAGCCCUUUAUUCAACAGAAUAAGGAGCGUGUCAACAAGUUCCUGCUCGAUCUGUGUGAGGUGCAGGACUUCUACGAGAGUCUUGAAAUGGACAACUACGUGGCUUUGUCCAAGCGCGAUCUGGAGCUCCAAAUCACUCUCAACGAAAUGUACGUCAUGCACGGUCUGUUGGAAAAGCACACUGCGGCCCUUGCCCAGGAUCAGUACUCCCACCUAUCUGUCUUACUGCAAGAAUUGGGUGGUGCUCCCCCUCAGGUUCCCCGCAAGGAGAACCGCACCAUUACCGUUCCAUUGUUCAGCAAGUGGGAAACCGCCUUGGACGAUUUGACCGCUGCUCUCGAUAUCACACAGGAGGAGGUGUUCUUCAUGGAGGCCAAGUCGACCUUUGUCCAGAUUCUUCGAUCUCUUCCACAGAACACAUCUGUCGCCCGUCGCCCUCUGCGCCUCGAUCGCAUUGCCGAGGCUGCGGCAACUUUGAAGAACGACGCCGUUAUGGUACGCAAGGGUAUUCGUACCAUGGAGCUUCUGAGCCAAUUGCAAGACAUGGGCGUGAUUGAUCGCUCCGACGAGUUCAGUCUUCUCCGCGACGAGGUGGAGCAGGAAUUGGUGCAUCUAGGUUCUCUCAAGGAGAAGGUGUUGGACGAGACGCGCAAGCUCGAAGAGGUCUUUGCCACCAUCCGCGACCACAAUGCCUAUCUGGUCGGUCAAUUGGAGACCUACAAAUCCUACCUUCACAACGUGCGCAGCCAGUCCGAGGGUAAGACUCGUGUCGGCAAGACUCCAAAGAAUCAAGAGCUUGGACCGUACAAGUUUACCCACCAGCAACUUGAGAAGGAAGGCGUCAUUCGACGCAGUAAUGUCCCGGAGAAUCGACGAGCCAACAUUUAUUUCAUGUUCAAGAGUCCCUUGCCGGGAACCUUCGUGAUCAGUCUCCAUUACAAGGGACGUGCCCGUGGACUACUCGAGCUUGAUCUCAAGCUCGAUGAUCUAUUAGAAAUGCAAAAGGACAACCUCGAAGACCUCGACCUGGAAUACGUCCAGUUCAAUGUGACCAAGGUUCUUGCGCUCCUCAACAAACGAUUUGCACGCAAGAAGGGGUGGUAA